AUGAAUGCCGAGAGUUGCGUGUCGUUUUGCGACCCAGCUGCUGCCAUGGAUUCCUUCUACAACGCCGCCUCGCAGGGCAGCGCCGACGGCUCCUCGCCUUUUAGGGCAUUCCCGGGCGGCAGCGACAAGUUCAGCCCCGCUUUCCUGGCCAGCAAAGGGCAGAGCUUUGGCGACAGCAGCGGCGGUAGCAGCAGCAGCAGCAGCCCCAAGUGCCGGAGCCGCUACAGCCAGCCGGAAUGUCAGUCCCUGGACGGCAGCGGCGGACAGCAGCAGGCGCCGACGGCCGCCUCCUUUAACAAGUAUCACCUGCAGCAACAGCCGCCGCCGCUCUAUGCGCAGAGAGGCUCGUGCAAAAGCCCACCGAGCGGCAGCCUCAAGCUGCAGGACACCGGCGGCCACAACGGAGCCCUACAGCUCUCCUGCUAUGCAAAAGAAAGUUCCCUGGGAGAAGCUGAGCUACAGCCAGGCUCAGAUCCUGCUGGGAUGGAUGGCAGUUACCUCAACGUGAAAGAAACUGGAGUGAAGGUAUCCCAAGAGAGGGCAAGUAGCAACAUGCCCAGCCCGAUGGACAAGACUGACUCAGAGAGCAACAAGGGCAAGAAGAGGCGGAACCGCACCACCUUCACCAGCUAUCAGCUGGAAGAGCUGGAAAAGGUCUUCCAGAAGACCCACUACCCAGAUGUCUAUGCCAGAGAGCAGUUAGCCAUGAGGACAGACCUCACGGAGGCCCGAGUUCAGGUUUGGUUUCAGAACAGACGGGCAAAAUGGAGGAAGCGAGAGAGGUUUGGUCAAAUGCAGCAAGUUCGCACCCACUUCUCCACAGCCUAUGAGCUCCCCUUACUAACUCGAGCAGAGAACUAUGCCCAGAUCCAGAAUCCGUCCUGGAUUGGCAACAGUGGUGCUGCCUCUCCCGUGCCUGCCUGUGUAGUGCCCUGUGACUCAGUGCCUUCCUGCAUGUCUCCCCACACUCAUCCCCACACGACCGGAGGGGUCUCUGAAUUCCUGAGCGUCUCUGGUCCUGGCAGCCACGUGGGACAGACUCACAUGGGAAGCCUCUUUGGCGGUGCAGGCAUCAGUCCCGGCAUCAAUGGGUAUGAGCUGAACGGUGAGCCUGACCGCAAGUCCUCCAGCAUUGCAGCCCUGCGGAUGAAAGCCAAGGAGCACAGCGCUGCCAUAUCAUGGGCAACAUGACAAGGUGCAGCCAUUGCCCUCAAGACACUGACAGAGCCAACAGGGACAACUGAACUGAUCCAUCCACGCUUGCACCUGAGGCAGCCAGUGCCUUCGUCAGAGAUCUGAAUGCAGCACUUUUAGCUCCCCUACAUAUAACAACAUAACGUGCAUUGCCUUAUUUGGAGUGUUUUAAACAUGCAGGGGCUUUUUUGUCCCCAACAACAGGCACGUAGAAGGAAAUAAUGGGUGUUUCUACUGCCCCAGACAAAGUUGAGUUUUCUGUUCACAUGGCAUGUUUCCUUGAUGCUGUCAUUGUCCUGAUUGCCAAUGAAAAAGGAUGCUUCUGUCUCUCCUGCUUUCCCUGACACCAGAUUUGUCUUUCUCUUAAAAACAAAGAAACUCUCAAACCACACUCCCCAGUUUUUUGGUUCCCAUAUUCUACUACUGCAUAUUCUACCGCUAUGGAUAGGUUUAUAAUACUUAAUGCCAGAGGAAUGUGGUUGGCUAGUGCCAGACCAGUGUUUGUGCGUGCACACGUGUGCUGAGUGUAAGGCAUGCUUAUUCAACUCACAGAACACCUGCAAACCAUAACAGUAGACAUGCCAGGCUGCAACCCAGAGAUUGCCUCUGCAACUGAACCGGGAAAAAGACGCAACAGCUGUCUCCCCUUCCAAGACAAGAAGACCCCAGGGGUGCCCCACAGCAGGCAGGGGUGGGGCAGAAAGUAAAAAGAAAAGAAGGAGCCAAGGCUGUGCCUCCACUUGAUUUGGCAAAGAUAAUAAAAGUACAGGGCAAUCUUUGUGUUGCAGUUUGGCAACCCAACCACACAGGGACCCUGUGCUGAUACAAACAGCAAGCAAAGGACGAUCAGAAUGGCACAUUCCAAAGCAGCAAUAUUUGUGCACUCUCCUGUACUAGUUGGUCUUGUAGGGUGGUUGUGCAUAUAACAAGAGGAAACAUCACCCCCCAAAAAGGACAAAAGUGGGCACAGAUUUACAUAAAAUGUGCAUGUGCUAAUUUAUAGUACAGCUGCAAAUUUAGAAACAAUUACUAUAAUUUAAAUAGAAAUGCUACUUCAUUAUCUCACCAUAAUGAAGAAGAUUGUGACCCAUGUGCCUCCUUGGUCUGCUGUCCAGGUGCUAACUGUUUAGGGGCAACAACUUCAAGUCCCCUUCUCCCUCUCCCUUCUUUGUCUGGUUUGAAGAUAAAGAAUGAGAGAGACCUUCAAAUAGCCAACUAUUUGUGAACCACCCAGAGGACCGAUGGAUGGGUGGUAUAUAAAUGUAAAAAAGGAAGCAAGAAAAUUGCCGUAUAGUAGGAAACAUGGCCACUCUGCUCCCUUGCAGUCCGUCUGCCCUGAUCCACCUUCUGCUUCAGUGCUACAGAACUCAAUUGAACUGUGGGAGAUGCUACCAGCAAUAAAUGCACUCUAAAAAGACUCCUGACUACCAGCUUGAAUAAAAAAACAAAAGUGGGAGAAGAGUUUGGUCAACAAGAAAGAGAUAACCCUUCUCUUCCUAUCCAGGUGAUAUAGUUAGCUCUAAGGCUUUUUUUCUGACAGUACUCGCCGGUACAAAGUACUGGCACCUCCUUUUUGCUUCCCAUAGCAGGCGUGUUGUGCUGGCACCCACAGCCCUUUCAUCAAGAUAUGAGUACCGGCACCUCAAAACAAUUUUUUUUAUCAAAAAAGCACUGGCCUAGUUCUAAAGAAGGGCAAAGUAUAUGGUUUUUCUUGUCCUAUAUUGUUAUUACAUGCACAGCUUUCUGACCAAUACCAGAAGGUCUCCAUGGUUCCCAGAAUAAGUGCCUUCGUUAAUUAAGGAACUAUAUACACAAUGCCACAAUCAGCAGCCCAGCUCAAAACACUGUCUUCCCGGUGUCCCCUUCCAGUUGUUCCUACUUAAAACACCGGUUCCUCCCCACUGAAUAAAGAUUGCCAGAGUCAUGUCUUGAAGAAAUAAAGCUAGAGAUUAUUUCCUUGGUUGGAAUGCUUUUGCUUUCACCAGACACAGGCCCACCUCUUGUCACUCCCAUUCAUCAGGAAGAUGAUGGCAACUUCCCAGUUUCCCUGUGGCUGCUUUCCUUAUAGAUGGAUCAAAGAGGAUUUGGAUCGAGUCAAACUGAGAUUCUGUCCAACUCAGCUAUGAAUAAGCUGACUUUUAAUAGUGUUUAGGUUUUGUGGUUUCUUAAGCACAGCGCCACAUCCACCGGAGAAGAGACAGAAAGAAAGAGCUUUAAAUUGCCUGUCUGGUUUUUAAGAGGUGUUUACUAGGUUUGGUAGCUGCUGAUCUCUCUUCCUGCUAUGCAGGCGCAAAGAUUUUAUUUGGGCCUCAGAGCAAAGGCAAGACUGCCCCAGUCAUGCCUGGGGCACAAGCACACACCUGCUUUCUAUCUCACAUGUGGCUUUGGAAUCAUGACUACAUAUACUCCAUUCUGGAACGGGGAGGAUGCAGCUGAUCAUUUCAGUGAAGGAAUGAGUUCAUAGACAGCAAGGCGUCCUGGCCUCCAGUGCACAUGGGUUCUCAGAAGGAAAAUGUGCUGGAAAAUCCGAUUGGGGGAAAAAUGGGAAGUAUCCUAUUUCUGAAGCAGAGGUAGAAGAAUCAGGGACACCGUGUAGAGAUGGGAAAGGCAUCGGUUUUCUCUCUCCCCCCCCCAUUUCUUAUGCCAUGUGAUUAUUCCACAGGAGCAUCUGUGUCUCCAGCCAUUUCACUAGUUCUGCACAUUUAUAUGCUGUAAUAAUCAGUCUGCCAGUGGCAUCGAGAGUAAAAAGGCCCAAAUCCCUUUCCUUGUGUGAGGGGUGUGUGCAUGAGUGUGACUUCUCUUGCUCGUCCCUAGUGACGUGCCAUCCAAUGCAUGUCUGUGAUAAUUCAAGAACUUCGUUUUACAAUGCUUCUUACAACAAUUAAUGCGUUAGCUGCCGAGAGAAAAAAAAUGUGUUUUCAUGUUGAUAUCAGUGCUAAGCACAUCCCUGAACUUAAAAGUGUUUCAGCUAUGUUUGGAUCAUGCCUUGUGGGUCAAGUGCUCAGAAAACACACCACCUCACCAAUAAAAGUGCUACCUUCAGAAGGGAUAUCUGAGUUCCUCACAACAAAUGUGUACUAACUUUACCUUUGUUGUGAUAUACACUAAUUAUCGGGGAUAAGUGCUAUUGUUCUCCCCUCCCCACUCUUUAAAGCUAUGAAAUCUAGGUCCCAUAAUAACUUUUCAGGCAUUUAUAUGGCUCACUCCCCUGAAUGGUGAUUGUCCUCUCAUAAAGAGGGCAAUUGCACUGAAAGGGUGCCCUUGAGAGUUAUACCUGGAACUUUCAUGCAAGAAAAAAAUGGGUGAUAUCCAAUGUUGGUCAUAUUGACAGUAGACCCACAGAAAUCAAUGGAUCUACUCUGAGGGUGAUAAACAUUGAAUAUCAUCUGAUGUGUGUAUGAGUGUGCAAGUAAUAUUAUCCAUGCUUAACUAUGCUUUUGUGUUCCUAAGUGUUUAUACCUGGGAGAAUACAUUUUGUGUGAGCAUGUGCUGCCUGUGCAAGUACGUUUAUUGUAUAAACAGUUACGCUUGCCAUCUCUUGGGUAGUGGAUAGGAUCUGAUGUCCAUACAUUCUGCCCAAUGUGAUUUCAGUUUUCAGU